GGAUAGUUGUUUGGGUUUAUUAAUUUGAUUAAUUUGUUUGUUUUUUUUCUGUUGUUGUUUUUGAUUCAAAAUGAACGGAUAUUUAAUAAUCGCAUUUUUUCUCAAUUUUGGUUUCAUUAGUUCAUUUGAAGCUGAUGAAGAAUUUGCACCAAUCAUUAAUCUUCGCCAUGGUAAAGUUCGUGGAUUGAUUCGAACUAUUGGUGAAGGUGAUCAAAAAAGAAAAAUACAUUUUUAUCAAGGUUUUCGUUUUGGAUAUGCUAAUCGUUUUGAAAAGCCUAUGAUGGUAACAUCAUGGCCUGAUGGCAUUUACAAUGCAACAAAAGAAGGCAAUUCUUGUAUACAAUUCGCUCAGCAAUUGGUUGAAAAUGCACCAAAUGAAAGUGAAGAUUGUUUAUAUUUGAAUGUUUAUAAACCAGUUACGAAUAAUGAGAAAUUAUUACCCGUAAUGGUUUGGAUUUAUGGUGGAGCUUUUCAAAUUGGUUCAAUAUUUCUUUCAUUGUAUGAUGCUUCUUUUCUAGCAUCAUAUGGUGAAGUUAUUGUUGUUUCAAUCAACUAUCGUGUUGGACCAUUUGGAUUUUUAUACGGCGGUAAUGAUAAUACUCCAGGAAAUCUUGGUUUUCAUGAUCAGCUUCUAGGAUUGAAAUGGAUUCAGGAAAAUAUUGAAAAUUUUGGUGGCGAUCCUAAAAGCGUAACACUUUUUGGUGAAUCUGCUGGAUCGAUUUCGGUAUCAGCAUUAAUUCAAUCACCAUUAGCUGAAGGUUUAUUUCAUCGAGCUAUAAUGGAAUCUGGUGCCGCAGUAUCAACAUUAUUCAAUGAUAAAAAAAUUGCCUUAAGAAAAACAAUAAGAUUUGCUGUACAAUUAAAUUGUGAUGUAUUAGACCUUGAACAAAUGAUUGACUGUUUAAGAACAAAAUCUAUCGAAGAUAUCAAAAAAAUUGUAAUGCAUGAUUCGACUAAUAUAUUAUCUUCAAAAUUAUUUUCACCAAUAUAUGGUGAUGAAAUUCUACCAAUUAAGGCUAUUCUUUAUGAAAAUUAUCAUAAUCAUGUUGACUUAAUUUACGGUGCCACUCAUGAUGAAGGUAGCAUUUUUACUCUAUUAUAUUUUCCAGAAUUAAUGAAUGAUAAAGCAACUUUCACAAUGAAAAAAAUUCAUGAAAUGAUAUCAAACAUGAUGAAUCAAUUAAAUAUUAAAAAAUCAAAUGAAAUUAUUGAUUAUUACACGAAAACCUUAAAUGCAUCCAAUAUCAAUGAAGUCCGGAAUGUUUUUACUAGAAUUCUUGGAGAAUACCUUUUGCUAUGUCCAACAAUGUUAUUUGGUCAAAGAAUGGCUCGUGAUUAUGGAAAAUCAAACAAAUUCUAUUCUUAUCGUUUGGAUAAACGAUUAGAAUCGGCUCCUAAAUUUGGAUGUAUAUUCGAAUGGAUGGGUGUUUGUCAUGGACAUGAUGUAGCAUAUGUUUUCGAUAAUCCAGUCAUAAAAAGUUCUCCUGAAGAUAUGAAAUUAAGUAAUGAAAUGUUAAAAGCAUGGACAAAUUUCGUUAAAACCGGCCAACCUGGUAAAGUUGGAUCAAUUGAAUGGCGACAAGUAUAUGAAAAUGAACAAAAAGAUUCGGCAUCAGUUAUGUUGUUCAAUGUUGAAAAUAGAAUGGAAAAAGGAAUUUUCAAAGAUGUAUGCGGAUUCUGGGAAAAAAUUUAUGACGAAAAUGUUUGAUUAUUUAUUAUUUUAAGAUAACAGC